AAAAUGGCAUGAUAAUCCAAUAGCUGGUUUUCCUCCCAUGCCAAGCAAAGCCGCAGCUGCCUCAACAUCAUCAAAAUCUCCUGCCACCUUAAAUCGCACCCUUCCACCUAAAGGCUAAAUCCCUGAUUUCGAUACCCCACUCAACUUUUUCCCCAUUUCACUUUCGGGUUUUAAAUUUUGCAAGAAAGAAAAUUCCAUCAAUUAAACUCCCUAUAUAUAGCGAACCAAAAAACGCAUCCCACGUCCAACACACUCGAUCAGCUUUGAUUAGCUUCUUUCUUCUUCCCCAGACUUUCACGAGGCCAUUCAUUAUUUUAUUAGUUACUACUUCAAAAGUAAGUGGAACCCCCGCCUAUCCCAUCCAUGGAGAUGAUGCAGGCAAUGCCAACAUUUGCUUCUCUGUUGCUGUUUUGCAUCCAUUUCACCUCCAUUCUUGCUCAGUCCCCAGCACCGGCUCCUGCACCGCCAGUACCGGUUCCAGCACCCCCAGCACCGAUUCCAAUACCCCCAGCAGCGGCUCCUGCACCCACAGGCCCGACCAAUAUCACUGCAAUCCUCGAAAAAGCCGGUGGGUUUUCUGCAUUUAUUCGCCUUCUGAAAAGCACCCAAUCUGCAGAUCGAAUCAACAUGCAGCUCAACAAGUCCGAGCAAGGCCUUACCAUCUUUGCCCCAGAUGAUUCUGCAUUUGCAAAACUCAAAGCAGGCAGCCUGAACUCUUACUCUAACCAGCAGCAAGCCGAAUUGAUACAGUCCCAUAUCCUUCCUUCUUUUAUGUCCGUCCAACAAUUCCAAACCGCGAGCAAUCCAUUGAGCACACAAGCUGGUGGAACUAAUUACGGCGAGUUUCCGCUCAAUGUGACCACAUCAGCAGCUGCAGUGAACCUAACCACAGGUUUUGCCAGUGCAUCAGUUGUUGGCACAGUGUACACUGAUAACCAGCUUGCUGUGUAUCAGGUGGAUCGAGUACUUCUUCCACAAAGGUUCUUCGUUGCUCCACCUCCAUCUCCGCCUCCUGCAGCACCAGCUCCAGCACCUUCAAAACCCAAGAAGGCUCAAUCCACUGCAAAGCCCGUGGAAUCUUCAGGUGCAAUUAGUCUAAUCCAUGAAGGCUUGCUUCAAGCUUCCUACGCAUUUGCACUUCUGGCAGCAUCUUGGUUGAUCGGAUGAGCGGACGAGGACCUGAUGUUGAUGGAAGCCUGUGUGCCAGCGUGUUGUUACUUUGGUUGUUUUUCUUGUCUUUUCAUUUCCUAUUGCCAAUUUAUUCUUUUGCAAUAUGUAUAUGAAUUUGCUGUUUUGAAGGCUUUGUUAUAUUGAUAAGGUGUGUCCACA